GCUGGGAGAAAACAAGCCGGCCGCGGAGCCGAGCGGGGCAGAGGGAAGUGGAGGUGGGGAGGGCGCACCCCGGGUUGGGUAGAGUUGCCUCCAGGCCCCCUGUCCUCCACCCAGCCAUGUCCCGUUGGUUCUUCCCCUGGUCCAGCUCCAUCAAGAAGCGGGCUUGCCGCUACCUGCUGCAGCACUACCUGGGCCACUACCUGGAGGAGCGGCUGAGCCUGGAGCAGCUGAGCCUGGACCUGUACCAGGGCGCCGGGGCGCUGCGGGACAUUCACCUCGACAUCUGGUCGGUGAAUGAGCUCUUGGAGUCAGUGAGCACCCCACUGGAGAUUGUGGAUGGCUUCAUCAACAGCAUCGCGGUCACUAUCCCCUGGUCGGCGCUAGUGACGGAGAACUGCACCGUGGAGGUGACAGGGCUGCAGAUCACGUGCCGGCCCAAGUACCGCAGUGCCACCCCGGGAACAGAGUCUCAGAGCUGGUCAUCAUGCAUGACCACGAGCAUGCAGCUGGCCCAGGAGUGCCUGAAGGACCAGGCUGAGGAGCCCCCCCAGCCUCUUGAGGGCCUCGAGAUGUUCGCCCAGACCAUCGAGACGGUGCUGCGGAGGAUCAAGGUGACGUUCCUGGACACCAUUGUUCGGGUGGAGCAUGUACCCAGCAGCUCUCAGACUGGGGUGGCCCUAGAGGUGCAUAUUAAAAGGCUGGAUUACUGCGACGAGGCAGUGAAGGACCCUAACCAAGUGCUCCCAGUUGACAUCCACCAACCCCCGGCCUUCGUGCACAAGAUCCUGCAGCUGAGUGGCGUGCAGCUAUACUACGAGGAGUUCCCUGAAAGCGCAGCCUCGCCUGUGCCUGGCCCCCAGCCCCAAUCCCAGAUGAGCGAGUCGUUGUCCUCAGCCAGUGGAGAGGCGCCUGAGUCUCCUGACCGUCCCCUGCAAAUUGGCAGCUGUUCUGGCUACAUGGAGAUGAGGAUCAAACUCAAGCAGAACGAGGCCUUUCCCGGGCCCAAGCUGGAGCUGGAUGGGAAGCUGGGAUCCCUGCACCUCUUGGUCUCCCCCCAGCAGAUUUUCUACCUGCAUGACCUGCUGACAGCACUGAGUGUCUCAGAAGCCAAUGGCCUACAGGAGAAGCUAAGCAAGAGCCGCCCACUGGAAUCUGAGGACCUGAAGCUGAUAGAACAGGAUCUGAGCCAACAGCUGCACGGGGGCCAGGGCUUGGGGCCAGGCCGGCUUGAGGAGGAGUUGGAGAGCUUCAUGGGCCUAGAGAACAGAGAGAUGUUCUUCUCCAUGGCUGCCAUGACGAGCAGCGUGACCUCCGUGCGCUCAGUCAGUGAUCUCUCCGACAUUGAGCUCGACUCUUCUGUGCACAGCGACUACAGCGCCUGCCCCCUGCAGCCGCCUUCCUUUGCACCGGGGCUGAUCCUGAGCAGCCCCAGGCGCUACAGCUGUUCCCCUUUUGCUGCUACCCUCCCAGGCCUGCAGGGCUUGAGCAAACUGCCAGGCAAGGCCCCCCAGCUGCCCUCCCUGGAGAGCCUGCGGCCAGAGACGCUGCUCAGAGUUACGGUGGGCGGCCUCACCCUGACGGUCCCGCAUCAGUGCCCUGGCCCACCUGCCCCUCCCCAGCUGGCCCAGCGUUUCUUUGCCAAGUUGGCCUUCUUCAAAGACUCUGCCUUCGGUGGGCGGGACUUUGGGCAUCUGCGCCAUUGCUUUGAGAAGGCCUGUCCUUACAGUAACCUCAGGCUUACUGGAGCAGCCGUACAGGUUACUUGCCAACAGAGAGCAGCUGGCUCCUUGCACAUGCUUAGUUCAGAGGUGAGCUUCGGCAUGCUGGAGAUCCUGGAGUGCCUGUGGGCCAGCGCCAGCCAGGAGUGCAGGCAGCAGAAACCAGAGUACACCGAGCUAAUGACUUUUAAGAACCCCAGUGCCUUCACCUAUAACUCCUCGGCCCGGCCCUGCGCCCAGAUCCACUACAAGCAGUCUGAGAAGCUGCCAUCCAAGAGCAAUCUCAAGAAGGCUGGGGCUAAGCGAAGCUCGGAGCUGUUGGUGGAGCUGGCAGAGUUCCACUCUGAUGUAGACCUGGGUGUCCUAGACCGGCUUGGGUCCCUCCUCCAUCUGGCAGCAUCGGCAUCCAUGCAUGAUCAAGCCCCCGACCUCCAUGCGGACAUGCAUGUGGCAGAGUCUCUCCAUGCCCCCGAGAGGCACACAACCGUGCGGCUGGCGGCACCCAAGGCCACCCUGCGCUUGCAGUUCCCAGUGCCGGACCUGCGGCCCGAGCCGGAGCGGCAGCCCUGGAUGGAGAAAGCCGUGCGCAAAGAGAGCCUGCGACUAGAGCUGACUGAUGUGGUGUUCCAGAUGGAGCUGCGGGCAGGGCCGGGGGGUUAUGGGGAGCCCACCCGGUUGGAGGUGACCUUUAGUGACCUGCAUGGUCUGUACGAAGAUGGCGAGAGGCUCUCUGUACCCUGCAUCCGGGUGAGCAAAGCCCUUGACCCUGCAGCCAAAGGACUGGGCAAGAAAUACCUCUUCCCAAAGAUCAUGGUGACCCUGACUCCCCAGCACAGCUUGUCCCAGUGGGACUUGGCGAUGGACAAGGAGGAGAUGGAUCUGUCAAUGGUGGAGAGUCCCUGUAAAUUGCGGCAGCCUGAGCCCUCCCCCUUCUCUUCCAAAAGGACAAUGUAUGAAACUGAGGAGAUGGUGAUCCCUGGAGACCCUGAGGAGAUGGCGGAUUUCCAGGCCAAGACAGUGGCUGCCUCGCAAUAUACCCUAGAAGUGACCCUGCCUUGUGUCCAUAUCUUCCUGCCCAGCAAGCAGUUCUAUGAGAGCAUCUAUAACAGGAUAAAUAAUGACUUGCUGAUGUGGGAGCCAGCCAGCCCAUUCCUUUGCUCCUCUGGGCCUGCGGGGGGGGCUGCACCUGGGGCCUUCUUUCCCAACCACCCGCCCCCUCCCAAGUAUUGGCAGGACAACUUCAAGAUGUGCAAGUCUGCCUUUAAACUGGACUCAGACUCCGAGGAUGAGGACUCUCACUUCUAUUCAGUGGAUGAGGCGGUGGCUCAGCGGAGGAAGGGGGAGCAGCUGAGCCAAUGCCAGCAGAGCCGUUUCUCAGCCGUGGUCUCUAUCCUGAAGGGCAGGGUGACAGCUCUGUGUGAGGCCAAGGGUGAGGCGGGGAAGAAGGUGGAUGACUCCCAUGGAGAGAUCGUGCUGGAUGUGGACAACUGCACCAUCUUCAGUGUGUCCCAGUACAAGGGCCAGGAGGAGCUUGGCUACCUCUGUAUAGAGUCAGAGAGAGUCACUCUUUAUCAUAAAGCUGUGGUAGAGGACUACUUCCUGGCCAGUCGUUUGGAAAUCCCCAGCUUCACUCCCCCUGACAGGCUGCACCCUACGAUCUACUCCUCGGAGGAGGGGGUGCUGAGCGGACUGGCAGGCGGCAGGAAGGACAGACCCCUCAAGAUGCUCUCGGCUGCCAUCCGCAUCAACCUGGACUUGAAGAAGAACAUCAAGGAAUUCCUGGUCACCUUGCGGCUCGAAGGGGCCACCAUGCGACAUCACAUGGCGCUGACCAAUCAGAGCUGGUACACACAGCUGAUUGACUUCCUGGACGUACUGGAUGAUCCGAUUCUGGGCUUUGUGCCCCCAGCUGUCAUUACGGUGCUGCACACCCACCUCUUCUGCUGUGCAGUUGACUACAGGCCUCUGUAUCUCCCCGUCCGCGUGCUCAUCACGGCCGAGACCUUCACCUUGUCCAGUAACAUCAUUGUGGAUACUUCGAUCUUCCUGCUCAGGUUUAUUCUGGAUGACUCUGCCAUCUAUCUGUCUGACAAAUGCGAUGUGGAGAUGGUCGAUCUGCGGAAGGAUUAUGUGUGCGUCCUGGACGUGGAUCUGCUCGAGCUGGUCAUCACCACGUGGAAGGGGAGCGCCGACGGGAAGCUGACCCAGCCGCUGUUCGAGCUGCGCUGCUCCAACAAUGUGGUGCAUCUCCAUACCUGUGCUGACUCCUGCGCCAUGCUAGCCAACCUUAUCCAGUACGUGGUCAACCACGGGGACCUCCACCCGCCACCCCGGCAGGACAGCCCAACAGAGAUCGCUGGCCAGAAAGUGCAGCUGUCAGAGAGCCCGGCCUCGCUGCCCUCCUGCCUGCCCGCCGAGACAGCCACCAUUAACCAGCGGGACCUGACUGACGCCCUCAUCGACACCGACCGCAGCAUGAGGGACCUAGAGUCUGGAGAUGCCGGGCAGUUGCACCAAACCUCCCCCGUUUCAGUGUAUCUCUUCCCAGGGGAGAACAGUGCUGGGAGCAACUCCUGCCUCCCACCCUCUGCAGCCCUGCCCCCGGCCCCCAUGGAAGUGGGGCUAGAUUUCUGCUCCUCAGAGGGCAGCGAGGAGGAGAGCGAGGCCACUGACAAUGACGACUUCUGCAUCCUGGACGCACCCGGCAUGGGCAUCCCACCCAAGGAUGGAGAGCCAGUGGUGACAAAGCUGCUGGAAGGGCCAGUGCCCAUCAAGGACGGCUACUUCUCACGCCCGCUGGGCAGCACAGACCUGCUGAAGGCCCCGGCACACUUCCCAUUGCCUGAGAGCCGAGUCAUGCUGCGUGAGAUCUCAGUGGUCUGGCACCUUUAUGGAGGGCGGGAUUUUGGGGUUGGGCGCAUGCCCUCAGGACGCGCCCACUCACCCAGGAUGAGACCCGGCCCGUCGAGCGCCCGCAGCUCCCCUUCCCGCUCCUCCAUGGCCAACCGGCCCCAGAACACCUGGCGCACGCAGGGUGGGACUGGGCGCCUACAUGACCUGCUCAUGGAGAUACAGCUCACCAAGGUGAGCUUCCAGCAUGAGACCUACCUCAGUGGGGCAGAGAAGCCGUCCGCGGAGCUGGAGGAGCAGCCAGUGUCGCGGCAGGUGUUCAUUGUGCAGGAGCUGGAGAUCCGUGACCGGCUAGCCUCCUCUCAGAUCAACAAGUUCCUCUACCUGUACACCAGCGAGAAGAUGCCACGCCGGGCCCACUCCAACAUGCUCACCAUCAAGGCCCUGCAUGUCUGCCCUGAGGCUGGGCUGGGCGGCCCCGAGUGCUGCCUGCGUGUCUCCCUCUUGCCGCUGCGCCUCAACAUCGACCAGGAUGCCUUGUUUUUCCUGAAGGACUUCUUCACCAGCCUGGCUGUCAGCAUUAACCCUGUGUUGCCCUUGGAGGCUGGGACAGAAGCCCGCCCAGAUCCAGGGGUCCGAGCCAGCCCAGCCACCGAGUCCGAAUCACUGGGGAAGGAGCAGGAGGGGAGCCGGGGGCCAGGGUUGGUGGGGGUAGAAAUGACAGCUUCUGUGGAGACCACGCUGAGUGAAAACAGCUCCUCCUCCAAUGCCUCGUCCUCCACGGACCAACCCAUCUACUUCAGGGAGUUCCGGUUCACGUCAGAAGUGCCCAUCUGGCUGGACUAUCAUGGGAAGCACAUGACCAUGGACCAGGUGGGCACCUUUGCCGGGAUCCUCAUCGGCUUGGCCCAGCUCAACUGCUCUGAGCUCAAGCUCAAGCGCCUCUGCUGCAGACAUGGGCUCCUGGGUGUGGACAAGGUGAUCAGCUACGCCCUCACUGAGUGGCUGACGGACAUCCGCAAGAACCAGCUGCCAGGCAUCCUGGGUGGUGUGGGGCCCAUGCAUUCCGUUGUCCAGCUCUUCCAUGGUCUGCGUGACCUGUUCUGGCUGCCCAUUGAGCAGUACCGCAAGGACGGGCGCAUCAUCCGGGGGCUGCAACGUGGGGCUGCCUCCUUCGGGACCUCCACAGCCUCGGCCGCCCUGGAACUCAGUAACCGCCUAGUGCAGGCCAUACAGGCCACAGCUGAGACAGUCUAUGACAUCCUGUCUCCGACUGCCCCUGUGACACGGACCCUGCUGCAUAAGAAGCACGCCCGGAAACUGCGCCGGGGCCAGCAGCCAGCUGACCUCCGUGAGGGCGUGGCCAAGGCCUAUGAUACCUUCCGAGAGGGCGUGAUUGACACAGCCCAGACCAUCUGCGACGUGGCUGCCCGAGGCCAUGAGCAGAAGGGCAUCACAGGGGCGGUGGGCGGAGUCCUGCGCCAGAUCCCUCCCACCGUGGUUAAGCCCCUUAUCAUGGCCUCGGAGGCCACCUCGAACCUGCUGGGGGGAAUGCGCAACCAGAUCAAGCCAGAUGCCCACAAGGAGGAGUCUCUCAAGUGGCGGCUGGAGGAGAGCCAGGACUGACGGGGUACAGACUGUGCUACAGAGCCCAGCCCAGCCCCCCAGACGCUGCGAUGGCUGGCCAUCCCCUCCUCCUCUGGGGGGGGGUGCCAAAUCCCCUCCCCUUCUAGGAGCCGCCAGCCCCUCCAACCAGGCCGUGCCAAGGACACAGUGCGGCAGGGACUGCAAUUCAAACCAAGGAGCUGUAGUGCGAAGGGGGCAUGUUGUCAACUUGAGACAGGUGGGGGGGGAACCCUAAUUUAACUCCCCCCCCCCCUGUGGUUGCUUGGAACUUGCUUUUAUACUGAUCAGCCCCUUGAGUCCUCCCCUGCAUGAUCCCUGCAGCCCCCUUCUCCCAAAACCAAAUGAGGAGACUGAGUAUUAAAGGAAGUGAGUGGUUUUCA